AUGGAUCGCUUCCAACGAAUGUUGGGGCAGGGGGGCCUGGGCGGGGCCGGUGCCGUGGCAGGAGACGCUCCCCAGCAGGACACGAGCGAACAGAUAUACAUAUCCUCGCUCGCCCUGCUGAAGAUGCUCAAGCAUGGCCGGGCGGGGGUCCCCCUGGAGGUCAUGGGCUUGAUGCUGGGCGAGUUCGUGGACGAAUACACUGUCAAGGUGGUCGAUGUCUUCGCGAUGCCACAAUCAGGGACAGGCGUGAGCGUCGAGGCGGUGGACCCCGUGUUCCAGACCAGGAUGCUGGACAUGCUGAAGCAAGUGGGCAGACCGGAGAUGGUCGUCGGCUGGUACCAUUCCCACCCGGGUUUCGGAUGCUGGCUGUCUGGGGUGGACGUCAACACCCAGCAGUCCUUCGAGGCCCUGAACCAGAGGGCCGUGGCAGUGGUCAUUGACCCAAUCCAGUCUGUGAAGGGCAAGGUGGUCAUCGAUGCCUUCCGCUGCAUCAGCCCGCAGACGAUGAUGCUGGGCCAGGAGCCGAGGCAGACCACGAGCAACGUGGGUCACCUAAACAAGCCCUCCAUCCAGGCGCUCAUUCAUGGACUGAACCGGCACUAUUACAGCAUUGCCAUCAAUUAUAGGAAGACGUCCCUGGAGGAGAACAUGCUCCUGAACCUGCAGGCAAGUACACUUGCGCUAGUUUAUAAGCACACAUGGACCAAGGGGUUGAAGCUGACGGACUUUGACGAGCACGCACUGAAGAAUGGCAAGCUCUUGACCGAGGCUCAGGACUUGACAGAGAAGUACGAGAAGCUCAUCGUCGAGGAGGAGGACAUUUCUCUGGAGAAGCGGGUGGUCGCCAAGGCUGGCAAGAUGGAUGCCAAGAAGCGAUUGGAGGAGAAUGUGCAGACGCUGCUGUCUGACAACAUAGUGCAGUGCAUGGGUGCCAUGGUGGACACCGUAGUCUUCUGA